CGCUCUGUUCUAGGGCGGCCGGGUCAGGGGUGUGCGGGUUUCUCACGGAGGCUCCGGCUCCAUUCACCUAGGAACCUCGAGGACGGCGGCGCGCGCCGGAUGGCAGAGGCGGGUCUCGGAGACCCCGAACUUCACUGCGUCCCACUGAAGUUUCGGGGUUGAGAAGACUGAGUCCUACACGUGGUAAGUGAUCUGCUCAAGGGGCCUCACUUCCUAAGAUUUAGAGCCCAGACCACCACCCUGUCAGCCAGACUCUAGAUCUCAAGGUAAGGAGGCAAGAGUUUAUCUCCUUGGGAAUUCUUGGCUAUUUUAGGGUCCUCCUCUUUGUUAGCUGGUUCAGAUCGAGGGACCCCAAAUGCAGGAAGCCACAGUGUCACCUUCUUUGUGUGAGUCCAUGGGAUAGUGUGAUUGCCUUGAGAACUGGAGCCAUGCUGCCUACACAUUAGCUGAAGGCCAGGGUGGUCCUUGACUGUGCACUUGACCGCUAACCUCAUGCCCACUUGCCUGGCUCCUAGGGUGGCUGCUCCGGGCCUCACAUUCUCCAUGCCUGAGACCAGAGUUGCUUUCUGAGUUUAUCAAGUACAUGUGGAAAUCUCAAAAUUUCCACAGAAAGCGGGUCCUUGAAUGUUUCGUUUAACAUUGCUGAGAUGCCGUAGGAACUUAACAUUUGUCUAUAUCAAUAGACCUUUGGUAGAAGUGGUUUCAUUUUAUGUCAUUUCACCACAGUUACUUUACAUGAGGCUGUGCUGUAAACUCUUGCUUUCUAGACCAUGAGUUCUUGCUUCCCCUUUUCUCCUUUGGACUUUCCCCAGAAGAAGAGAAAGGAGAAGUCUCAGGCCUGGGGACUAGCCCAGGGCCAUCACCCAAUUCAAGGUGUAGAGUGUGGGUAAAGGCCUGAUCUUACCUCCCCCAUUGGGAGGACUGGUCCACAGAGUUCACCAUCUGGGGAAGAACUUUUCUGUAGAAGUGGGAGCCCAAGGGACUUUCUCAUGGCUGGCCUAAUAGAAGUGUGUUUGCUCCUUGUUGAUUGUGACUUUGCCUCCGGAUGUUAGAAGUGAGGGCCUGGGCAUUCGUGUGAUCUAGCCUGGAGUUUGAUUCCCAUCCCUUCUUUUCUGUGAGGAGGUAAUUCUUUACCAUCGGGUCCUGUGCGGGGAGACUAAUCCAAGGGCUCUGGGCCCAGAGCCUUGACAUCUGGCCACAUCAGAGGAGACACCUCUCAGGGCCAGCCCCAGGCCUGUCUGGGUGUACUGUGUGCUGCCAGGUUCUGGUUCAGUCCCCGUCCUUAACCAGAGAUCAGGCCCACCUAACCGUGAUGGCCUCAUGGGGCAGUGCCCAGGUUGAUGGCAGGGGAACUGAAACAAAAAGUGUCUACCCUUCAGACCAAGAGCAAGGUCUUCAGCUGGUGUGUGGGGGCACCUGAGCCAGCAGGGACAUGCGCUUGCUGCUUCUUCUAGGAUUGCCUGGUCCAGAAUGGCUGCGGGAUGGUUUCACCUGUCUGUCCUGGCGCUGUCGUCCCUGGGCUUGAUAUCCAUACUCUUUACCAUCUAUUGGAUGCAUAGCUGGCACGGUGGAUUUGCCUGGGAUGGCAGCAUACUCAUGUUCAACUGUCACCCGGUGCUCAUGGUUGCUGGCAUGGUGGUGGUCUACAGUGCUGCAUCACUGGUGUACCGCCUGCCCCAGUCAUGGGUGGGGUCCAAGCUGCCCUGGAAAAUCACCCACGCAUCCCUGCAUCUGAUGGCCUUCAUCCUGACCGUGCUGGGGCUGGUGGCUGUCUUUAGAUAUCACAACAAUAAAAAUAUCACCAACCUCUACUCCCUGCACAGCUGGUUGGGCAUCACCACCGUCUUCCUCUUCGCCUGCCAGUGGUUCCUGGGCUUCACCGUCUUCCUGCUGCCCUGGGCGUCCGUGUGGCUGCGCAGCCUCCUUAAACCUCUCCACGUCUUCUUUGGAGCUUCCAUCCUCUCUCUGGCCAUUGCGUCUGUCAUUUCUGGCAUUAACGAGAAGCUUUUCUUCAGCCUGAAAAAUGCCACCAAGCCGUACUCCAGCCUGCCCGGUGAGGCUGUCUUUGCCAACAGCACUGGGAUGCUGGUGGUGAUCUUCGGGCUGCUGGUGCUCUAUGUCCUUCAGGCUUCGUCUUGGAAACGCCCGCAAGUGGGGAUCACCACUGAAGGACAGCCCCUGUUGCGUGAAAGGGAGUGAAGCGAAAAGGGGCUCCCAGGAGCAGUUGGGGGUGCAGUCUGGACUCCCCUCAGAAGCUCUGCUCUUCCUGGGGCUUCCGUCUGGUUUUGUCAGCAGACUUGCUGUGGGCUCUGAGCCUACACCUGUCCCUGACUCCGUGUCGGGCCUGCUCUCUCCAUCAACUCUGCUCGCUGCUUUUCUUCGUGGCUUUGGCUUCUGCACCCAUUUCAGCAUCGACUCCUGAGGUCCUCCAUUUCCACAGGCCCUUCUCGCCAUGGUUGCUCACACCUCUCCUGAUCGCUGGCUGAAGUCAAGUUGAUUUCCCCUUUAGACACCUCGGAUGUGGUAGGAAAUCCCAACAGCUCAAAUGGGCCAGACUCAAGUGCAAUCUGUGAUGUGAAAAGUGAGGGAGGCGAUAUGCCCGUGAGCUUUCCCCUUGAAUGUGUGCAGUUAGGCACCCACCACGGGGCGGGCUUCCUCUGCCCUUACUUCCAUCUGGCCCACCUGGACAUGAGGCUGGCGGGAGC